ACGUGUAUGAGAAUAUCUAGGACCUGUUAUCUAUCCUGAUUGGAUCGACGCAUUAAGUAAACUGUUUAGUUAAUCUACCUUAAGAGUCGAAACGGAUGAAGUGCAAAUGCGGUUUACCUGACAAUGUGGACGAAGUUUUAAUGAUAUCUAAAUGUGUUGUGGUGUGUAUUUAACGCGGAUAUGGUAAAAUGUUUAAUGGUAAUUGUAAACCUUGAAAACCGAAUCACCUGUGAAGGCAAAUAUAAUGGACAUUACUUUUCUAUAAUAAAAGUCAAGAAACGUAUGUGCUAAUGAACCAAAUUUCAACUGUAGUGAACGUAGUUGAUUUUAAAAUAAAACAGGUUAUAGCCGGGAUACAUGAAAAGGGUACAACGGGACUUUGCAGCGAGGAUAUGUCCAAGCUGGUGCUAGAUAACAUCAUUGCGCUGGAUUGGAUCACCGAAAUACUCAACGGAGUCAGGGAUUCUUCUGAACCGUUCUUGGAAGGUCAUAGCAUAGGUUACGAGGUCUACGACAACUGUAACAAUGCUGACGUCACAACCGACAUCCUCCUGACCGAAUCCCCUUUCUGCAGCGUUGAAGUCACAAACAACACGAACACCACCCUGACUAUUGGAACAAUAGCUCUAUCUAACAUAGAAACGUCGGCAGUCAUUGCACGUUUGGAACAUAAUACACUGGUGCUUCGACCUCUACCGUCGUCACCCGAAAUAAAUAAAACCAUCAACCGAGCCAUGUUCAGCACUGUUGUACAAUUUCAACAACAGCUUACGGUACAGACACAUAACAACUCGCCGUGA